AUGGAGAUUGCAGCCCCUCAUUUCCCUCCUUUUUUCACUCUAAUCGUCUGCAUUGCUGGGAUAUUUAAGUCCAUUGUAGGAGUCGCUGGUGGAGCAACAAGAGCUGCCUUAACUGUCCAUCAAGCUCGCAGAAACAACAUGGCUGAUAUCUCCGCCAAAGAUGGGAGCCAGGAAACCCUGGUGAACCUGGCAGGACUGCUGGUCAGCCUGGCACUCAUCCCGCUUGUAACAGAUAACCCAUUGUUGACGUUCAUCCUGUUCUUCCUGUUCACUGUUCUCCACCUGUUUGCCAAUUACAAAGCUGUUCGUUCUGUUGUUAUGGAAACCCUUAAUGAGGCUCGCUUGUCCAUAGUCCUCCAUCAGUACCUGCUUCAUGGUCAACUGCUUAGUCCAGUGGAAGCCAAUCAGAAGGAGCCUGUGUUCUUGUUGCUUGGAAAGACAGUUCCCAUAAAGUUGGGUGUGAGGCUUGGA